AUGUCUCAACCUGAUCCCGCAACAGCUCCUGUUGUUGAGUCUGAGGAUUCUACUACAAAAAACAAUGCAGUUCAAACAGCUAAUGAACCAUCUAGCACUGAUUCUGCUCUUUCAACUCCAGUCAAUCAACAAGUAAAUGACGAUGGAGGCAAGGGAAGUGUGAUUGAAGAUAACACUGUAGAAGUGUAUGAGAUGCCAAAGAAGCCAGCCUCUGCUUAUAUCACUGUAUCAUUGAUUUGUCUAAUGGUGUCAUUUGGGGGGUUCAUCUUUGGCUGGGAUACAGGGACCAUUUCUGGAUUCGUUCAACAGACUGAUUUCAUCAGAAGAUUUGGAACAGCUAAUGGUGAUGGGACAUUUUCUCUUUCAAGGGUUAGAACUGGUUUAAUUGUUUCCAUUUUCUGUAUUGGAUGUGCCAUUGGUGGGCUACUAUUUUCUAAAUUGGGUGACACCUAUGGUAGAAGAAUUGCUUUAGUCAUUGUUACUGUUGUCUAUGUUAUUGGUAUUUUGAUUUCAAUUUCGUCUGUUGAUAAAUGGUACCAAUAUCUUAUUGGUAGAAUAUUCUCUGGUAUGGGUGUUGGAGGAAUUUCUGUUUAUUCACCAUUAUUGAUUUCUGAAGUUUCUCCAAAACAUCUAAGAGGUACCUUAGUCUCUUGUUUCCAAUUGAUGAUUACAUUAGGUAUUUUCUUAGGUUACUGUACUAACUAUGGAACAAAAAGUUAUUCUAACUCUGUUCAAUGGAGAGUUCCAUUAGGCUUAGGUUUUGCAUGGGCCCUAUUUAUGAUUGUUGCUAUGCUAAUGGUUCCAGAAUCACCACGUUACUUAAUCAAGAUCGGUAAAAUCGAUGAAGCUAGAAGGUCAAUUGCAACUUCCAACAGAGUAUCUGUUGAUGAUCCUGCUGUACAAGCCGAGCUUGAAUUAUUAAACUCUGGUAUUCAAACCGAAAUUGCUGCCGGUGAAGCCUCUUGGCUUGAAUUAUUUUCCGCUGAAGGGAAGAUAUUACCAAGAGUAAUUCUAGGUGUUAUGAUUCAAAGUCUACAACAAUUGACUGGUGCAAAUUACUUUUUCUACUACGGGACUAGUAUCUUUAAAUCAAUUGGUUUGGAAGAUUCUUUUGAAACCUCGAUAAUUAUUGGUGUUGUAAAUUUUGCUUCCACUUUUGUCGGUAUCUACUUCGUUGAAAGGUAUGGUAGACGAAAAUGCCUAUUAUGGGGUGCUGCUGCUAUGUGUGCCUGUUUUGUUGUCUAUGCUUCUGUUGGUGUCACCAAAUUGUAUCCAAACGGUAUGAACAAUGCUUCUUCUAAGAGUGCAGGAAAUACAAUGAUCGUCUUUACAUGUUUCUUUAUCUUCAGUUUUGCUACCACAUGGGCUCCAAUCCCAUACGUUAUCGUUGCUGAAACUUUCCCAUUGAGAAUUAAGGCUAAAGGUAUGUCCAUUUCUGUAGCUUCUAAUUGGUUCUGGAACUUCUUAUUAAGCUUCUUCACCCCAUUUAUAACAGGUGCUAUCAACUUUUACUAUGGUUAUGUCUUUAUGGGUUGUUUGAUCUUUGCUUGGUUCUACGUCUUUUUCUUUGUUCCAGAGACAAAAGGCCUUUCAUUGGAAGAAGUUAAUGAAAUGUGGCUAGAAGGCGUUUCACCAUGGAAGUCAAGCAAUUGGGUCCCAUUUAGCAAAAGGGAUAUCUCAAUUGAAACCGAUCAUAUCAAGAAGGAAGGUGAACCAUUCUACAGAAAAAUGGUUUAG